AUGGCCAUGAGCAACCUGCGUUGGCCACAGAAUGUAACCAAUCUGGUGACAGAAUUUGUCCUCCUGGGCUUCAAUCACAGUCAUAAGAUUCAGCAGGUCCUCUUCAUCACCUUCUUCAUUGUCUACCUGAUGGCCUUGUUGGGAAACAUCACCAUCCUCACCACUGUUAUCACUGACUACCAUCUGCACACCCCCAUGUACUUCUUUUUGGCCAACUUAGCACUCACAGACAUCACUGAGUCGUCAGUGAGCACCCCUACCCUCCUGUGGAGUCUGCUCUCCCAGCACAGAACUGUUCCAUUCAAGGAGUGCAUCUCCCACAUGUUUCUAUUCCACUUCAUUGGUGGUGCUCACAUCCUCCUGCUGGCAGUGCUGGCAGCUGAUCGCUGUGUGGCCGUCAGCCAGCCCUUGCAGUACCUGACACUAAUGAACCGUGAGGUCUGCCUAGGUCUAGUGGCAGGGUCAUGGGAAGGUGGAUUCCUUCACUCUGCAACACAGAUUGCUCUGCUCCUCCCUUUACCUUACUGUGGUUCUAACACCCUAGACAAUUUCCACUGUGAUGUUCCACAAGUUCUGAAAGUGGCCUGCACGGACACCCUACGGACAGAACAGCUGAUGGUCUCAAAUGGGGGCCUGCUCCUGGCAGUAAUCUUUGUCCUGCUGCUUGUUUCAUACAGUGCCAUCUUGGUCCAGAUACGGAGGCAGCUCACCAAAGGAAAGCACAAAGCUUUAUCUACCUGCAUAGCACAGAUCAUGGCAGUGAGCCUGACCUUCAUUCCAGCAAUAUUCAUCUAUGCUCGGCCCUUCAGGACCUCUGAACUGGACAAAGUAGCCUCCAUCUUCUUCUCCGUGCUUGUUCCAGCGCUGAAUCCCAUGGUCUACACCCUGAGAAACACUGAAAUGCAAAAGGCCAUCAGGAGACGUGUUUCUAGGGUUCUGUGCUAA